AUGCCCAGAGCUAUCAAACCAGGUUUUUAGAAUCCACUUUCUCAAGUCUGGCUCUUUGUUUAGAGAAAGAAGAAAAGUCAGUAGGGUGGCUUGAAGGAAAGUCACUUCCCCAUCCUCUCUGAGGGCUAAUGAGCUGACAGUCUAUUACUUAGGAUCCUGUUGAGAAAUUUGUGAACAAUUGAAAAAGUUUACCUGAUGAUUGACCCGUUGUGAAAUUUAGCACUGAGUAUUUGAUUCUUAAAGUGAGGGGAUUACUGGGGACCUGUGAGUUUCCCUGUGUAAAAAAGAACAAUAUGUUCCCUUAACUGUUACCAUGCAAAACUCCCCAACCCCAACCACAUCUAAGUAAACAGGGAGAGUCCUCUGCUCACAAAGUUCACAUCCUUCUUACAACUUUUAUAUACUUCUUUAGCUGCUCAUGUGUGUGUGCGCGUGCAUGUGAUGUGCCCAAUGGCCUGACUUUUGAUGAAGUAUAUGCGUUAAUUUUUUAUCUGAUAUACUUCUCUCUUAAAAACACUGUUCUAUCCCAGCACAAAGCAGAUGCGCCGCAAACGUUAGCUGACUCUGUCCCUUCGAAUACCAGUGAUGAGAAAUCCCAGCAAAGAAUGUGUUGUUUUCACUAAUACUGCUCUUUAAAUCUCAGACGAUCAAGUGUCAGUUAAUUACCCCCUGGGUUCCCAGGCUUUCACUGGGGCCUUCUAAAAUACACAAAACCCAAAUGAAGGCAGGACACCAUUAGCACUACAUAAUUCAAGCAAACAAUAAAUGUGUUUACUCUGCUGGCUACUGACCACCUGCCUUCCCGUCCCACAAGGCAGGUAUCCAUAUAUAUAGCAUUUCCCUGUUCACAGUCCUGCAGAGAGUGCACUUCUCUUUGGGCCUCACCAUCUGUGAAUCUGAAAGAAGCUUGAGCGCCCCCCACCCCAACAACAUGCAUCUCCUCUUCCUUCAGCUCCUGCUGCUCCUGCCUCUAGGGAAGGCCUCCCGGCACCGGGAUGGCCGCCAAAGUCUGAGUCCUUUUUCUCUUGUGCUCCUAGAAAGGCAGCGCAGAGAGCUCACUGUGGGCAACCACGAGGAAACUGAGGAGAGGCCAGAUCUGUUUGUGGCAGUGCCACACCUGAUAGGUGCCAGCACUGCAGAGGAAGUUCAGAGGCAGCGAGAAAAGAUGCUGUCCAGGUUUGGCAGAUUCUGGAAGAAGCCUGAGAGAGAGCUGAACCCACCCCAGGGCUCAGUCAGGGAGCAAGUCCUACCCAAGACCCAGGGCCUCACUCGGAUGAAGGAUGGGAUGCCAGGGGAGAAAUCUCCUCUUCGGGAAGAAGCCAAGAAAUUCUGGCACCACUUCAUGUUCAGAAUGAGCCCAGCCUCUCAGGGGAUCAUCCUGCCCAUCAAAAGCCAUGAAGUACAUCGGGAGACCUGUAGAACAGUGCCCUUCAGCCAGACAAUUACCCACGAAGAUUGCGAGAAAGCAGUUAUACAGAACAAUCUUUGCUUCGGAAAAUGUGGGUCUGUUCAUUUUCCUGGAACUCCGCAGCACCCCCACACCUUCUGCUCCCACUGCUUGCCUGCCAAGUUCACCACCAUGCACUUGCAGCUGAAUUGCACUGGACCGUCCCCUGUGGUCAAGGUGGUGAUGCUGGUGGAGGAGUGUCAGUGCCAGGUGAAGACAGAGCACCAGCAUGGACAUCCCCAACAGAGUGGCUUCCCAGCAGAAUUUCAUGUCCAGGAUCCCUUCAUCCCAGGACUUUCAACUUAAAAAAGCUAUCCCAUUAUCAUCAGCAACAUUGCUAAUCAUUCAGCCUGAAAUGUUAAGUGGGUACAGAAUAUAUUAAGGGAAAGGUGGUUUGCAAAGUAAGAACGAUUUAGAAGUUAUGGUAUUCAUCUAGUUAUUGGUACACAUUUGGGAUCUAGUCUUGGCUCUGCCGCAAACUGGCCAAAGGAUAUUAAUAAGUUGUGGAAGCUUUCUCCACCUUAAGUUUUUCAUCUGCGAGUGACGGAUUUGAACUAAAUGAUUGCUAAGGUCCUUUCCAUUGCUAAUAUUAUAUGAUCUGUUGUCUGCAAGUUUUAGUAAAAGCCCUCAUCUGAAGGAGUAAAAGAAAUAAACUAGACCAUAAGAAUGGAUUUCUUUAACAGCUUGUCAAAGCAUUAGCA